CACUCUCUCUCUCUCUCUCUCUAAACACACACUUCAAAUCUCUCCGGUCAACAAGAAAAAAAUGAGUUCAGUUUCUUCAUAAUAAAGCUUCCACCUUUCUUUAAAUCUGAAUCUUUUUCUCUCUAAUUCUCUUUGCAGAAAAGGAUGAGGAAGACAUCUCUUUCCUCAAACAGCUUCGGUGGAUUCCUAAGCCCCGGAGCAGCUCCUAACUACUCCGACAACAAAGGCUGGAGCUCCGAGAGAGUCCCCCACCACCCUUCCUCCUCCUCCACCGCUUGCUCAACCCCAACAGUCAACAACAACAACGGACCUCGUCGCCACCUCGGCUCCUCUUCCGCUCUAACGACGCCGUUUUACAGCGGCAGAGCCAUACCUUCCAAAUGGGAAGACGCCGAGCGGUGGAUUUGCAGCCCCGUGGCGGCUGGCGUCUGUGCGAACACACCACCAUCGGCGAGCUCUCAGUUCUCCGACCAGAGACGGCAGAAGUCCAAAAGCGGUCCCAUUGUUCCUCCUCCCACGCUUCUUCCUCCUCAUCCUCAUCCUCCGACGUAUUCUCCGAGGUUGUUGACUAUGCGAGCCUUGGAAGCAGCAGCGGCUCCCAGAGGUUUAAUGGUUUCUGGCUCCCCGUUUUCGACUGGUGUUUUGGAGGCUGAUAGGGUUUUCAGAGGAAGUGUUGGUGGUGGCCAUGGACAUAGCCGGAGCUGGAUUGAUUUGAUGAGUGAGGAAAGUUCAUCACUUUGCUCCAAAACUGACACUGAGGAGAAAGCAGAGGACAGGAAGGAGACGACGGCGGCGCAGUCUCCGGUGGUUUCAAGAAGGGACAUAGCUACUCAGAUGAGUCCAGAAGAGAUGAGUCCUAGUAAUAAUAAUGACCAGUCUACUCCUCAAGAGCUGCUGCUAUCUCCACCGUUGGUUGUUUCUGUGAUUGAGCCUCUUCCUCCUCCUCCUCCUUGUAGAGGUGGUGGUGGUGGUGAAGUGAGAGAAGUGAAGAUGGAUAAAGGAGCAAAGAUGAUUAAGCGUCCAAAGAGACGAGUUAUGUCUUCUAGGAUUAUAAUGAGGAGAGAGCAACCUGAGGUUGAAGAAGAAGACAACUCUGAAGAAGCUUCUGCUUCUUCUUCUUCUUGGGAUAUCUCUGAACCUGCCAUGUCUCUUUCUAAGUUGCAGAGAGAGGAAGCAAAGAUAGCAGCUUGGGAAAAUCUACAGAAGGCCAAAGCAGAAGCUGCCAUUAGAAAACUCGAGGUGAAGCUGGAGAAGAAGAAAUCAGCAUCAAUGGAUAAGAUCUUGAACAAGCUCCAAUCAGCAAAGCUAAAAGCACAGGAGAUGAGGAGGAGUUCAGUAUCAAGUGACCAUCAACAACAACAACAAGAACAACAAGAACAACAACAAGUCUCCAGAAACUCAGUGAAGAUCACUCAUCUUGUCAGAAGACAUACUACUUUCAUGACACCUUUCAUGGCUUGCUUUGCUCCUCGCGUCGAUUGCAGCAGAAAGUCUCCUUCUCCUGCUGCUCUCUAGUUUUCCCCAUUCUUUUUGGUUUUGUUAAAAGACACAAAUUUGAACAAAACAAAAAAAAACAUUUGUAUACACUGCCAAAAAAUUUCUUGUAAAGCUUUUGAUCUGUUCCUAA